UCAGCCAGCGACCAAAUGUCCCCGGGAUUAAGCUGGGGAGCGGGAAACCCCGCUCUGUUCGGGGUUCUCCGUCGUGUUCGAUCACGUCCAGCAACAACAAAAGACAGAUUGAAGUUAUUUAUAGCCGGCUGAUAUACCUUACUCUGACUCAUGACCCAGGGAACCCUGCUACCCCCGCUUGGGAACAAUAGUUCCUUAAUAAUAGCGAGGCUCUGUGCGUGCCUCGUGCGUUCUCUGACAGAAUCGACUCAUUCAUGGCUCCGAGGCGGGCAGUAAACAGGCUCUGCCGCUGCCCUGUGUCCCAGUGUUAUUUUACAGUGAAGAUUAAUUAUCAAAUUAAACGGGGCAUUAUUUCAGAUGUAGGCCAACUUUAAUUUAGUGGAGGGGAAGUUCCCCGGUGAAUCGAAAGGUUUUAUGACCAGGCCGGAGCUCCCUGUUUCUGCACAGUCAUCAUGUUUGUGCCACAUUCUUGACCACCCUUUCUCGCCCGCCAGAAAAGCCAGAUUGAUUUAAAGAGAAAUCUAUCCUGGCUUUCAUUGAGCCACGGGUGGAUGGGUUUAAUUAGUGAGACGCUCAUACUUACAAAUAUCUUCUUUUAUACUUAAAAGAAUUAUACAUAUUUUGAGCUUAACCUAUAGCUGCAGUGAUGAAAUGAUAUAGUGCUUUAGGUAGUGCUGUAGUCCGUCAAGCAUACAGUAUGUAACUCACCUGAGUUACAUUAGUGUGCGGCCCUCUUGCAUCAUGAACGCCAAAAUUCCUCUUCUGAAAGUUGAAAGGAGCUUGACGUUUAUGUACUACUUGAGCAUAUGACACACAUCUUACAAGCAAACGAUAAAGCCAUUUCUAUUAUUACACUGAAUGCCACUUCCAACACCAUUUCUUUUUUAAAAAGUAAUGACAAAAUGAGUACAGAGGAGUAGUUGAAUCAAUCAAAAUUUAUAUCCAUUCAUGAAACCCCAAUAUGUCCCAAGUUACAAAUGGUAAAAUAAUACACAAAUAAUCCUUCCUUGUUUAGAUUGGAUUUAUUUGAAUACACUGUGCUGCUGACCCUCUGACUUAUCAAGGGAGAUGAAUGACUGUUAGAAUAGCCUGCUGCACAGGGUGGGAAUCCGUAAUGAGUUAGUGUUGGGGUGUGUGUGUGUGUCUGUAAGGGGGGACGGACAGACGGACUGCGUAUUCUUGGCAUCAAUGGGCCUGUUGAAGAGACGAGACCACUUGCCCGUCAGUGACACACUCCACUGAUCAGACGGAUCCCAUCCUCAAAGUUUUUUACCAAUGGUUCCUAUUUAAGGCUGUGAGUUUAGACGGAGCUCACAGACAGGUGCUUGGACGAGCUACCAGACCCUCCUAGUGUGACACGUGCAAGGGUUGAUGAGCCAAGGACACUUAAGAUGAUUGUGACCACAGCCGUGCUUAUGAUUUUGAUUGGCUACUCCGACUCGGUAGAGGAAUAUUGUUACGAUGAAGGCCAUUGUGAUCCUUACGCAUGGGGAGACCUGUUCCCUUCUUGUCACCCACUUCUGGAAACGCAUCACUCUCCGAUCAACCUGGACUCUCAGAUGACCAGGAGCUACUCACUGGGAGAAUUCCUCCUGGAAGGCUUUGAUGUGGCCCAGCCUGGUCAGUGGAAGCUGAAUAACGAUGGACACUCUGUUGUUUUGGAUGUGGGCGGGGGUCUGUCUGUGAGUGGAGGGGGUCUUCCUGGGGUGUACCACACCAUUCAGCUGCACUUCCACUGGGGCAGCCCCUCCAGCAACGGAUCCGAACACACGGUCGAUGGACAGAGAUACCCCAUGGAGAUGCACAUCGUCAACAUGAAGUCCACCCAUCCCAACGUGUCGGUGGCCUUGGGAGACCCCACCGGCCUGGCGGUUCUCGGAGUCUUCGUUGACACGGCGUAUGCAGACCAUGAGCAAUUUGGACAUAUUGCCAAAAAACUGUCAUCUGUUGCUUACAAAGGUCAAACCACUUCGAUCAAACCCUUUCCGCUGAUUGGUCUUUUGCCUCAACAACAUAUGAGCCAGUACUACCGUUACCAUGGUAGCCUGACCACUCCUCCAUGUUCUCAAGCAGUUGUUUGGACUCUCUUUGAAGUGCCCAUCCAGAUCUCCUGGUCCCAGCUGGAGCGGUUGACUUCGGGGAUCUAUGCCAGUGAGGAGUAUGAAGAUGAUGCCACGCCCCUCUACAACAACUUUCGACACGUGCACCCAACUUAUAGUCGCACUGUGUACGCAUCCCUCGACGCUAAGCUACUUAAUAGCAAAGCUAGCAACCUCUUCCAUCCUUCUUUUUCAAUUAUUAUAGUUAUAAUAACUUCACUGAACAGAUGUAUUCAUUGACUCUAGAUCAACCAGCUAGGGUUUUAUUUUUUUUAUUUGUCUUGCUUGAUUGUUGUAAAUACAUGGUAUGUUCUCAACAGAGUCAAAUGGUGUUAGCCUGACUUUUUAUUUGGUGCUCGUAAAAAAGAAGAAGAUAGAAGUAAAGAGUCUGGAAUUUACAACGUAUUCCCCUCUGCUUCGUUUAAUGGACGACCUAUAAGUCAAUAGUAACAGAAGAAGCCAUCAAGGCAAACAGACAGAGGAUUAUGUAUAAUGCUGUGAAGAAGAGUACUGUGAUAUAAGGAGAACUGUAAUAGUGCUUUCAUUUAUCACGACUCAAGAGCAAUGAUAAUGGCUCAUUAUAAUGUAUAUUAUAAAUGUAUUUUAAAUGUCAGUCCUAAAAAUUAAAUAAAGGGACUUCUUGAUAUUGCUACAAGUCUAAAUCUAUUCAAUCACAAAGUGACUAUUUUAUACACACUACCAUUGAGCUAUUCAUUCAUUAGCAGAAUGAUGAGUACUUGUUGGUUACUUGGUGGUUACCUUUCAGAGAGUGGACUUUGUGUGUCAUUAGCUGUCAUAGGAUGUAUAAUGCAAUGCCCCCCUCCGCUGCCUCUACUCGUAGUCACACCAUUCUCCUCCUGUUACCGACUCGUGGCCGAGGCAGAAUACAAAUAGAGAAGCUACUGUGUCACGGGAUUUGUGUAUUGUUUGAGUUGGAUGCGUUUGUUGAAGAUGAUGUCACUCACGUGACUGUUGUGUGUUAAGUAGAUGGACAAUGUACAGCCUUUCUUUCAUUGAAAUCAAAAAUAUAAUAAAAACUUUAAAUUUGGUGUUCCAACA